AAUGAUUGGUUGUCUCAGAGUCACGAGUGUCUGUCAAGUCGACGCUACGAUUCCUGCUUUUCUCUAUACUUCAAACUACUGCGAACAAAAUGGUGCAAAAAGCUGUUUGUGUGCUGAAAGGAGCCGGUGAAACCUCCGGCACGGUGCUUUUCGAACAGGAGAGUGAUUCCAGCCCAGUGAAACUGACGGGAGAAAUCGUAGGCCUCACGCCAGGCGAGCAUGGCUUCCACGUCCACACCUUUGGAGACAACACCAAUGGGUGUAUUAGUGCUGGCCCUCAUUUUAAUCCACUGAAGACCAAUCACGGUGGUCCCAACGAUGCAGAAAGGCAUGUCGGCGACUUGGGCAAUGUGACUGCGGAUGCCAAUAGAGUGGCUAAAAUCAACAUCACAGACAGCGUCAUCUCCCUCACCGGCCCUAACUCGAUUAUUGGCAGAACCAUGGUGAUCCACGAGAAGAAAGACGACUUGGGCAAAGGCGGCAAUGAAGAGAGCCUUAAAACGGGCAAUGCUGGCGGACGUCUGGCUUGCGGCGUCAUCGGCAUCGCCCAGUAAAAGAAGCACUACGGAAAAUAUGGAAGCUUCAAGCACUUAAAGACCACAUUGGCUAAUCUGUGUAAUUAUUAUUUUUUUGACCACGUAAUGAGCCAGCAUUUAUGCUAUUUUUGUCUGCUUGGACCCCAUAUAUACCCAAAUAUGUUUGUAAACUGACAACAAAGAUUAAAUAAAGACUUUGUCUAUA